AUGGAAUACUCGCAGGAGCAACUGAACUACUUCAGACUCUGCUACGUAGGAUUCGAUUUGGUUCCAGUAGGACUGCGGCAAAUCUUUAAAAAAGAAUGGGAUUUUCUUUAUAAGGCAACCUCAUUUGGAGAAUGGAAAGAUACAGCACAGAAUGGUCGUGAUUUUUAUAAUAACGAAUCUAAGAAAAGUCGCAAGAAAUACGCCCGGUACCUAACGACAAUACAGAGUGGAAACACGGCAGAGUGGGACUCUUCCUGUUUGUUUUUUGCCAUCCUGUACUCAGACAGCGUUGGUACCACCUUAAGUCCAGCUGUCCGGAACGAGGUCGAUGAUAUUCGUCAGGUGCGAAACGAGAUCGCACAUAUCACGGAAGCUAAGCUGACAGAUGCCGAUCUCCAAACUUCUGUAGUUAGACUGUUGAACGCUUUUACAUCUCUUGGUCUUGCAAUAACUGAGAUCCAAGAAAUAAAGAAUCAGAAGACCUUUCCAACGAAAGAAGUGGAAACUUUUAAGAGACAAGUUCGUGAUCUCCAAGAUGAGUUAGAUCAGACAAAAUGUGACCUGGAGGAAACAAAAAGUGCACUUCAGAGUACAGAAGCUGAUUUGGUUUUUGCAAAACAAGAAAACAAGGCUCUCACGCAAGAAAUGAGUGCGAAACUUCAACCUUUUUGCUUUCUCGCGUCGACACCACCACACGAUAUCAUCAGGCGUUCUCAUGACAUUGGAAGAAUUACAAAGAAAAUGAAAGAACUUUCCAGUGGUGCCAAUGGAGGAGUUAGUACUGUGUAUUUGUCAGGAAAUCCAGGAUGUGGUAAGAGUCAAAUUGCACGGGAAAUCGGACAACAGUUUUUUUCUGAACGAACGGGUGACGUUGAAAAUCUGAUUUUUGUUGCGACGCUGAACGCAGAAAGCAUCGAAACGCUUGCUGCUUCUUACAUGACUCUUGGAAGACACCUAAGGAUAACAGAAUACGCCUUGUCAGGGUUAGAAUCUUUAAAAAUAGAGAAGCCUAUUGAAGCAGUUCAACAGCUCCAUCGUUUGAUUUUGCCCAAGGUUACUAAGUUUACCAAAUGGAUGAUUGUAGCAGAUAAUGUGGUCGAGUUGCGUUCAGUUAACGCCUUACUACCUCAAACCGGUAGUAAAGAAUGGGGAAAUGGUCAAGUGCUGAUUACUACUCAAGAUAGCACUACAAUUCCUCAUAACGCUCCUCAUACAUAUCAUGAAUCAUUAAGUAAAGGAAUGAGGCUGGACGAAGCAGUAGAAUUAUUGGAAAAAGUUUCACAAAUUUCAGACCGAGAGCAAGCAGAAAAUGUCGCCGAUUUUCUCGAUUUUCAGCCCCUGGCCUUAGCUGCUGCUGCUUUCUACGUGCAAACAGUUAUUAGCAGUGGGUCUUCAAAUUAUGAAUGGAAGGCAUACCUCCGCGACAUAUCAACAUACAGUCAACGAAGAGAGGUUGAAACUGUCCUUGCGAAUGUGAGUUUAGCCUACGCGACAACAACAAUGGCUGCCGUAGAAAUGGCCAUCGAAAGAACUGUAGACACUGAUAAAGUUCUUGGUCACACAUUCUCCUUUCUUUCGCUGUGCGCUCACGACGAUCUCCCACUCGAAGCUGUUUCAAAGUUCGUCAAAGCGCAAACAAAAGACCAGCCGGAGGAGUUGAUCAAGGCAAAGAUUGUUAGGUCUUCUUUACUUCUUGUUCAUUCCGAGAAAGGAAAUGAACGUGGAUGUAUUCGCUUGCAUAAAAUUGUUUAUGAAGCUUUGAUUCGAGGCGAAGUCCUCAAGCUAACAUCAGAGCAGAUUAAUUGCGGCUUGGCCGAAGCAGGAAAGAUUUUCAAAUCCCUGUUUGAAGAAAAUAAUGAGGAUUAUGCGAUUUUUAAGACCUUGAGGCCCCACUGUGAAUCUUUACUUAAGCACAUGACACUAAAUCGCAGUUCUGAUCAGCUGAGAACUUUUUUGAGAACGUCGACGCCUUUUGUAGAUUUGAAUAUGGUUGCCGAUUGGUUGAGGUCUCUUGCUUCAAUCUGUUGCCAUUUUUGUGAUUUGUUGUUUGCUAAAACUGUGGUCGAUUUAGGAUGCGACUUGCUAGAGGACAUAGAAGAUACUGACCCAGGUGCCUUUUUAAAAGGGGAUAUUUUAAGUACCAGUGGCCAAGUGUACUCAAGGAUUGGAAAAUAUAGUCAAGCGGAAGGAUUUCACAAAAAGGCGCUAAUGAUUCGGAAAAAGAUUUUCGAUGAAGAUCAUACCGAUGUAGCAACAAGUUAUAACAACUUGGCAACAGUGUACAGCAGUCUGGGAGAAUACAAUCAAGCCAAAGAACUUCACGAAAAAGCACUAGUGAUUAGAAAGAAAAUUUUCGAUGAAGAUCAUGCCGAUAUAGCAUCAAGUUAUAACAACUUGGCAUCAGUGUACAGCAGCCUGGGAGAAUACAAUCAAGCCAAAGAACUUCACGAAAAAGCACUGGUGAUUUGGAAGAAGAUUAACGGUGAAGAUCAUGUCGAUGUAGCAACUGGUUAUAACAACUUGGCAACAGUGUACCACAGCCUGGGAAAAUACAAUCAAGCCAAAGAACUUUACGAAAAAGCACUAGUGAUUACAAAGAAAACUUUCGAUGAAGAUCAUGUCGAUGUAGCAACUGGUUAUAACAACUUGGCAACAGUGUACCACAGCCUGGGAAAAUACAAUCAAGCCAAAGAACUUUACGAAAAAGCACUAAUGAUUAGAAAGAAAAUUUUCGAUGAAGAUCAUGUCGAUAUAGCAUCAAGUUAUAACAACUUGGCAACAGUGUACUUCGACUUGCAAGAAUACAACAAAGCCAAAGAACUUUACGAAAAAGCACUAAUGAUUACAAAGAAAAUUUUCGAUGAAGAUCAUGCCGAUAUAGCAUCAAGUUAUAACAACUUGGCAUUAGUGUAUGGCAGCCUGGGAGAAUACAAUCAAGCCAAAGAACUUUACGAAAAAGUGCUUAUGAUUACCAAAAAGAUUUUCGGUGAAAAUCAUGACAAUAUAGCAGCAAGUUACAACAACUUGGCAUUAGUGUAUGGCAGCCUGGGAGAAUACAGUCAAGCCAAAGAACUUUACAAAAAAGCGCUGGUGAUUAACAAAAAGUUUUUCGGUGAAAAUCAUGCCAAUAUAGCAUCAAGUUAUAACAACUUGGCAACACUGUACUGCGAUAUGAAAGAGUACAAUAAAGCCAAAGAACUUCAUGAAAAAGCGCUGAUGAUUAACAAAAAGAUUUUCGGUGAAGAUCAUACCCAUACAGCAUCAAGUUAUUUCAACCUGGCGACAGUGUACCGCAACCUAGGAGAAUACAAUCAAGCCAAAGAACUUACGGAAAAAGCACUAAUGAUUAGAAAGAAGAUUUUUGGUGAGGAUCAUGCCGACUGAUAAGGUAUCAAGUUAUCAACAACUUGACAUCAGUGUACACUGUAACGUCAUUAAAAAUAACACAGAAAGUCUAGAAUCUGGGAAAUUAAAGAAGAUAAAUAUACAAAAAGCCUUGCCAAGAAUCAGGUCUGUGCAACAUUUCAUGUGCGAGAUAUUCAGAAAAACGUUUUACCCAGAUUUAUAAACUAAGCUUUGUAUGGAGACGCCAUGUUUGUUUCCCUUUCAGAAAUUGUUUUUGAGUUUUCCUAGUAUGCGUGAAUUCUUCGCUUGAGGAACUCAUGAAGAUUAAGGAAAUAUUUAUUCUGAGACAAGGAAUAUGUAGAUAGCAAAAUCUCCCAAAAUCGGUAAUGGUUUUAACCCAGCUUUCCUGACAGUCAGCUAAAUGCCGCGUAACGCAAAAGCCUGGAAAUUCAAGAGUCCUGUAUCGCAAAAACGAAGAACCCUUUUGAACCGAAAAUUUGUUUGUAUAAAGCUUUUAAGGUGCUGUAAUACCACAUCAAAGUAGAAACUCAGAAGAAGCGAUAGUUUUCUUAGUUUGAAUUUUGGUGACGUCAUGUGAAAACCAAGAAAAGCACUGAUAAUUUGGAAAAACUGAGUUUUCGGUGAACAUAAUGCCCAUGUAGCAAGAAGUUAUAACGACUUAGCAUCAGCGUACUACAGCCUGGGAGAAUACAAUCAGGCGAAAGAAUUUUUCGAAAAAGCACUCAGUAAUGAUUAG